AUGCUUCAAGAAAUUUUCCAAAAAAUAGAUAAUCAUGUUUCUGAUAUUGAAAAUAUCCAAGAGUUUAGUGAUAAACUUAUACGUGAGAUUGAGCAGUUAGAAGAGCUUAACAGCAUGUUAGAGAAACUCAAGACAAAUGAAUAUUUUUCAGAAAUAAUUAAGAAUAUAAAAGUCAUUGAAACUUUGGAAAAGAGAUUAAUUUAUCUACAAAAGGUGCAGCAAAUAGAAGCUAUAUCAAACCAAUUAAAAAGCUUUAUAAGGACAGAUAAUGAAAAAGCUUAUAAUUUAUAUAAAGAUCUUGAGCAAUAUCAAAAUUUCAGCCCAUACUUGACUGAAUUAGUACUAGAAAGGCUAUCUUAUGCAGGCAAUAUUCUAAAAGAAGAAUUUUAUAAACAGUUCGAAACCUUACUUGACGAAAUUGGAUGGCCUUUUCAAAGCCAAGGCAACUCUAUAGGGGUUCACAAGCAUUACCGAGAAAACUUUUUAUCACUCUUUUCCAAGCUUUCCGAGCUCGAUUCAACUCAAGGUGUUGCUUUAUUUCUAGUCCAGGGCCUCAAACAAAAGGUCCAAUUCCAUUUCUUUUCAGAAAAAGACACAAAUAGGAUUGACAAGCCAGAAUGGCUUUUUAGUUAUAUAGCUUAUAUCCCUUUAUAGAUUUCUUUUAUCGAGCAAAAUGCACUGGAUUAUUGAACGACCAAGAGAGACUCUAUUAAAGGAACGGGCUGGAUAUCUAUAUCAGGAAGUGCUAAAAAGUGACAUGUCAAAAAAUGGUGACAAGUCUGAAAAAAGUUGACAAGUGAACGCGCCAAGUUUUAAAAUAGAUUUAUUAUUAAAAUAAUUUAAAAACUUAAGAUACCCAAUUAGGCAGAAGAUAUAAUUACACAUUAUAUAUUGGCUUUAAAUAUUUUGAUUUUCAUAUAUAUUUAAAUUUAAUAAAUAGUUGUAAAAAUCAAAAACUUGCAACUCGAUGUGCAUUUUUCCGGCUCGAUGGAAUUUCUUUAUUUUAUGCUAAUUUAUUUAUGAAGACUAGAGCUAUAAUUUGAAAAGUGCGUGGCUUGCGUAUCUCAAUAUAUGCAAAGUUCUUAUCGACUCAUAUGAUGUGUACUUACUCCCCCCCCCCCUCCGUGAGCGAACAAAACCAUUAGAAAAAUCGCCAUUUUUUGACCAAAAACCCACCCUCCGUGAGUGAACAAAAAUGUUUUUAUAGAGAAAAAAUUUUAAUGGAAAAAAAUUUUGAUAUAUAAGUGAUAAUUAGUAUAAUGAAAUCUAGAGCUAAUUCUGUUUAAUUUUAAACAAAUUGCGUUUUAAAACAUAAAAUUUUGCAAAUUAAAUUAAUAUUUGCUUCCCAAUUUUUGCAAAUUAGGAUUUUUUUUAAAUUUCGAAAAAAAUAUUUUUAUAAAAUUUUAUAUAUAAAUUUUUUUUUAAAAAAAAAAAUUAACCCCCCCUCCGUGAGCGAACAAAAUUUUUUUUGUUCGCUCACGGAGGGGGGGGGGGGAGUUAGCAAAAAUUCAAUAUGGCUUAUAAGUGAAAAUCAAAAACUUGCAACUCGAUGUGCAUUUUUCCGGCUCGAUGGAAUUUCUUUAUUUUAUGCUAAUUUAUUUAUGAAGACUAAAGCUAUAAUUUGCAAAGUGCGUGGCUUGUGUAUCUCAAUAUAUAAGAAGUUCUUAUCGACUCAUAUGAGAAGUAUUUAGCAAAAAUUCAAUAUGGCUUAUAAGUGAAAAUCAUAAACUUGCAGCUCAAUGUGCAUUUUUCCGGCUCGAUGGAAUUUCUUUAUUUUAUGCUAAUUUAUUUAUGAAGACUAAAGCUAUAAUUUGCAAAGUGCGUGGUUUGUAAUUUUAAAUAUAUACAAAGUUUUUAUCGACUCAUAUGAGAAGUACUAGCAUAAUUAAAUAUUGAUUAAAAUUAAAAUAUCUUAACUCCCCCCCCCCCUCCGUGAGCGAACAAAACCAUUAGAAAAAUCACCAUUUUUUGACCAAAAACCCACCCUCCGUGAGCGAACAAAAAUUUUUUUAUAUAGAAAAAAUUUUAAUGGAAAAAAAAAUUUUGAUAUAUAAGUGAUAAUUAGUAUAAUGAAAUCUAGAGCUAAUUCUGUUUAAUUUUAAACAAAUUGCGUUUUAAAACAUAAAUUUUGCAAAUUAAAUUAAUAUUUGCUUCCCAAUUUUUGCAAAUUAGGAUUUUUUUAAAUUUCGAAAAAAAUAUUUUUUAUAAAAUUUAUAUAUAAAUUUUUUUUAAAAAAAAAAAUUAACCCCCCCUCCGUGAGUGAACAAAAUUUUUUUGUUCGCUCACGGAGGGGGGGGGGGGGAGUAAGUUUAAAAUUAUUUUAAUAAUAAAUUCAUUUUAAAAAUUGGCGCGUUCACUUGUCAACUUUUUUCAGACUUGUCACCAUUUUUUGACAUGUCACUUUUUAGCACUUCUUGAUAUAGAUAUCCAGCCCGUUCCUUUAAUAGAGUCUCUCUUGGUCGUUCAAUAAUCCAGUACAUUUUGCUCGAUAAAGAAAUCUAUAAAGGGGUAUGAGCUAUAUAUUAAAAAUCCUUUCUUGGCACUUUGAGUUUUGCUAUUCCUGCUUAAUAGGAGUUUCCACUAAUGAAUUAGUGACGCUAAAGCAAGUUUUUAUUAAUGAGCUGAUGCUGAUUACUAAAGAAAGGGUUGAAAAUGACUUAGAAGUUAUAAUAAAACUGCCACAAAAUUCUCUAAAUUCAAUUUUGUUGCAUUAUAUAGAUGAAGUGAUAAAAUUUGACUGGGAAAUAUAUGAAGAGUUUAAUUGGCUCAGCAGCAUUUUAGAUUUAUUUACUGUGCCUCAGAUAUUCCAAAUUUGGCUUGAAAUUGAUAUACAAUUUAAAAUAAAUAGAAAAUUUAUGAUUUUGUAAGGUUUAUAUUAAAAAAUUAUAGAAAAUUGUAUAUACAUUUUUAUGCAGUCACAAUUUUUAGCGAUAUUUAAUGAGAAAACUUGGGACCAGUCAGAAAUUGUGGAAAAUGAAUAUAAUAAUAUAAGAAAUAUCAUUGUUCUGUAUGAUUCUCUUUACGUCAGAUAUUCACGAGUUUUCAAUGAGGAGAUCAGAGAAAAGCUAGUUAAUAGAGUCCAAAAAUGAAUCGUCCCACAAACAAUUUUAAGAUAUGAAGAUGAGUUCAAUGAAACUAAACACAAUAUAAUUCAUUAUGAAUCAAACCCUUCAUUAUGGGCAGAAUGAUGCAGCAAAUUAGCAACAUUUUAUCAAGGGCUUUCCCAUUUCCAGCUAUUUAUCGUUGAAUUGCAAAAUGAAUAUUUUUCAGAUGAACAUCUUACAAUCAGCAAGCUGAAAAAAGUAAUUUUAGAUAAAAUAGUCAGCCUAGUUAUGUAUACAGUUAAAGAAGAAAUUGUGACAUAUACAAGGAACAGAGCCUGAUUCGAGGUUGGUCAGCUUAAGGUCAAGCCAGUAAAUAAAAUGCUUAAGCAGCUUUUGCAGCACUCAUCUCAUGAGCUAUCAAAAAAUAUUCUUGCGUAUUGUUUAAAAGAUGUUGAGUCUAUAUUUCUUGCUAAUAUGAAAGACAAAAGGGUUAAAGAAGAAGUUUUUGGAUUUUUAUUAAGUGAUAUCAAAAGCUUAUGUAAGGAGUUUGGAGAUUGGAGGGAAAGUUUCGAAAUUAUUUCAGAAACUCUUAAAAGAGAGAAUUUAGUAAAAUAA